CGUCGCAUCCUCGAUGGCUGCGUUGCUUGCACAUGCCUUGCCAGCUCGGCGUGGUUUUCCUCUCCACAGCGCACCCAACCUAAUGACACGUCCACAACUCACGUCAUGACAUGCGCGUGACAGGUGGUAGUGACGGAGCACCCCUACCACUGGAUACGCACCAAUAGCUGCACCGCCUAUUACUUGUAGACAGGGAAAUCCGGGGAACUUCAUCUCUUAAGACACUGGUGUCGUCUGUCCUAUCUUUGCACCCUCGACUCGAAUACUCGAAUACUCGACCUCUUUCAGACUCACUCGACCUCGCUCGACCUCACUCGACGGACCACAACAGUCGCGCAUGGCGUACAUUCGGAUAUGUCCUUUCUGUUCGACAACGUCCUCGCGAGAGGCAGCACAGGGCUGCACAUAGCAGGAGGAGGGAACAACGCGCAGAGGAAGAGCAGGAGCCAUGGCGGGUUCCUCACGCCCCUCGUCCAGCUCGUGAGAGACCCCGUCGGCGCAUUGAGCAGCGCCGUCGACAGUCACUACAGCGCCCCUAUUGGAGAUGCGCUGGGAGAAGACGCAGAUCGCAGGCAGGUCCUGUACCUGCGCAUGAAAAACGCCGAAUCCUACGACGAAUGGAGAGCCGCGGCCACCGAUUUGGAUGCGCUGGAAGGAAAUGACGUCUGGAAAGAGGAGGACAACUCGGAGGAAUAUCAUGCCGCCCUGGUUGCCGCUCGUUUGAGCGAGCUGGACGACGCGCGCCUCAACUGCGAUGUGACGAGGAUGAUGUUCCUCAUACGCACGGCCCUCACACGGGGACUAGGGGACAUGGGCGACCUGCGGCUGUACAAGCACUCGCAUAUUGGGACCAAGAAGUUGAUCGAGAGAUACAUUGAUUCUGCGCAAAGCACAAUGGCCGCUCUUCUGGACGUCUCGGAGAAACAAGGCAACCAAUGCCCUAUUGAUCCGUCCAUCAUGGUUGAGCAGUUGCUGAAUGCUCGUCAGUCGUUUGGUCGGAGUGCCUUGCUGUUGUCUGGAGGUGGAACCUUUGGCAUGAACCACAUAGGCGUCGUAAAGAGCCUGUGGGACGCUAGCUUGCUCCCGCGUAUCAUAUCUGGCGCAUCAGCUGGAAGUAUUGUCAGCGCUGUACUAUGCACCAGGACUGACGAGGAGAUCCCGGACUUCUUGCUUGACUUCUGCUACGGGGAUCUAGCUGUAUUUGAGAAGGUAGGAGAGCCAGAGAGCAUCAUGCAAAAGGUGGUGCGUUUGUUCAAGACUGGCAGCUUUUUCGACAUCUCCCAUCUGGCGCGUGUCAUGAGAGAUUUGCUCGGCGAUACGACCUUUCAGGAGGCAUACAAUCGGACUCGGCGCAUCUUGAACAUUCCUGUGUCUACCUCGUCUCUCUAUGAACUCCCCAGGCUUUUGAAUUACGUGACAGCGCCCAAUGUUAUGAUUUGGUCAGCAGUAUGUACUUCCUGCUCUGUUCCAGUCGUCUACAAGAAAGCAUCCCUCCUAGCGAAAGACCCGAAAACCGGCAAAGAAGUGCCCUGGGAUGCCAAUCCAGAUGCAGCAUGGAUCGAUGGUUCCGUUGACAACGACCUCCCCAUGACGCGCCUCGCCGAGAUGUUCAACGUCAAUCAUUUUAUUGUCUCCCAAGUCAACCCGCACGUGGUCCCAUUCUUAGCAAAAGAAGAAGAAAUCAUUGCCACCGAAGCACAGCAGAACCCUGCUUUCUUUGCACGGUCUAGUUGGGUGAGCACUGCAGUCAGUCUCGGCAGGGGAGAACUACUGCAUCGACUCCAAGUCGUGGCCGAUGCGGGCAUCUUCCCGAACUACGUGACAAAGAUCAAAUCCAUUCUUAGCCAGCGCUACUCUGGUGAUAUCAACAUCUUCCCAGCCAUUGCGUACGCCGAUUUCCCCAAGGUCCUCACCAACCCAACGAGUGAUUAUAUGCUGGGGUGCCUGCUCACUGGCCAACGAGCCACUUGGCCGAAGCUUUCGCGGGUGCGGAACCACGUCGCCAUCGAACUUGCACUCGACGAUCUCAUUCAGAAAAUGAGGGCGCGAGUCGUCUUCAGGCCAAGCCAGGUCGAUCUUGGUCGGAACAAUCUAAGUAGAGCCAUCUCUCAAGGGAACCUACGCUCUCGGGAAGAGCAAGCCACAUCGGAGGAGAAGACUGCACGCUUCGAGCACAAGACCGCGCCGUCCAGUCCGCUUCUCCAAAAGUCUGGCUUCGCUAGCCCAUUCCUAUCACGUUCCAGCUUGAAAACACACGAUCAACCUAUAUUCCCACCUAGACGAAAUCCAGCCUUCAAAAGAGCCAAGACUAGGUCUACUUACGAUCCCGUCACAGACAAGUCCGAAGACUCGUCAGACCGCGACUACUUUGCAGAAGUCGACUCAGACACCUCGGCCAUCCUCUCCUCGCCCUCGCCCCCUACAUCGCCCUCGGUUAACGGUCCCACUCUGUGGCCCUCGUCGUCACGGCACAUGUUUUUCUCCCCCAUCUCGCCACCUUGUGUACCAUCCACUGCCACCGCGUCCGAUCGUCGCAACGGCACAUUGCUCAACCUUGCCAUGACGUCUGCUGCGCCGAGUUCACCAGAACAGCGAUACAAGCGAUUAUUUCACCCGCCUGAACCUGUCGCGUCUGAUGUUUUCUCCGCGAAGGAAUCAGAGCAGCAUGGCGAGGAUGGGGUACCCGCGACGCCCCUCUUAGACUCCACACCCAGGAGCAGACGGGGUAGCGUUCAUGGAUCGGGACUGGGGCUUAUUCUCGAUCCGUCGGGGACUAGGGGAAUGUUGUUGAGGAAAAAGAGCUUCAAGAAUUUCCUUGAAUUAUGAAGUUGUGUCGAGCGUUUUGUUAAUCGUACUUUUCAUUUGCAUAUGAGCCAAUUCGUGCCUUUUUCCUUGGUUGGUCAACAUUGAUACACAUUCCCAUUCGGUUGUCAGGUAGCAAGCGUCAUAACAUUCAAGUAGACGUAGAUGUUAGUUAGACGUAACAGUCAUGUAGAAAAUAGACCCUUAUAUCCUAUACAC